AUGCGAGAAGAACAAGAAGCCAUCUACAAUGCCUAUCAAGAGCAACGAGCUCGAGAGGCGUACAUUGAACCCAAAGAAUUCUGGACAGAAUCCGAACUGGCACCAUACAACGGCGAACAAGACGAAGACGGGCCCAUCUUGAUGGCGGCAGAUGGCCUUGUAUUCAAUGUGUAUAAGGGACGCAACUUUUAUGGAUCGGGAGGAGAGUAUCACUUGUUUGCAGGAAGAGAUGCCACACGGCUGCUGGCUCGUACCAUGACGGAAGAAGAGACAGAGGAAGAAGCACAAAAACCAUUGACACUGGGAGAGAGGGCCGCACUGGCGGGAUGGAUGUUUACUCUGAAAAACAAAUAUGAAAUCGUGGGACAACUCAAAGGAUUUGAUCCCUCCAUGACCUCCAUGAAGGAAGGGGUAUCCAGCACCUGGAAAGAUCCUCGUCUGUGA